UCGGUUUCUGUUGGAUAGAAGCGACAGGAUCGACAGGAUGCAUGAAUGUGAGGGAAAUUCGUAAACCAUGGCGUCAAAAAAGUGUGUUGUCGUGUGGGAAUGGGAAACAAACGAUCCUGGGAUCUUCGUGCCGUACCACGAGAAGGCAAGCAACUUAAUCGAGCAAGAAAAAUGUUUGGGUAGUAGCCUUGUUUCCCUUUCAAAACUGGGAAAUCCGUUUUCUGCCUGGACAAUUGAUUUAACAUCUAUGACUCAAAAAUCUAGUUAUUUUGGCAGAUUGAGAAAAGUUAAAAGAAGCUUGUAUCCUGAUGAUUGUCUCAUUGCAUUUGGUAUUGUUUGGGAGUUCCAUAGUGACCUUGGCUGGCAACAAUUUGGUGUGCUGACAUCAUCUUGCAUUGAGGAUGGUUAUAACACUGGCACAAAUGAUAUAGAUCUAAAAAGAUUUGGCCAUUUGAACAUAAGUAUUUCAUUAACAUCAAUGGUUGCAGUAAACAAGAAGUUCCAAAGAGCUAGUAAGUUACGACGAAGGCAAGUUAAAGUUCCAUAUAUUGGUGGCUCUGUUGGUCCAGUGCUGAAAUUUGGACACAGGGAAAUUGUCUCUUUAAAAAAAUCCAAAUUAAAUGAAGCUGCUGGCAAUACAGAGAAUGCAGUUAAUGGAAACAUCAUUGCAGGGGCAAGGAUUGUCAAGCCACUAUCAUCUACUUUUGGAUAUCAGCCAGAUGUAAGGCGACAUCUCAAUUCUGAUGAUGUUCCCUUUGCAAAGAACAUUGCUUGGGAAUGGAAGGACGAUGCAGGUUGGCAACAUUUUGAUGAGGAGACUGUUUGCGAGCUAGAAAAAUGUUAUAAAAAUGGAGAUGCAACACUCAACUUAUUGUAUACUUCACUUGCUAUCCCCAAUACCGUCUACUUCGCAUCAAUGACACAAAGAAACCAAAUUUAUGGAACUGUUAGAGACAUCAGACGAAGAUUAAUGAUAAAACCUUGUGCAAUUGUUAAGGAAGAUUUUAGUGAAAGUAAAGGCUUUCACUCUGGAAGAGAGAAUCUGACCACACAAGCAAGGGUUGCGGCACCUUUGAAAGAAGCAGUACGACAUGUAUUCGCAUCAAAGUUUGAUAAUGAAGCUGAUAGGGAUGACUCAAUGGAACAGGAAGAUGAUUUACUAUUUGAAUCAAACUCAAGUGAAGAGUAUGCAAAUCAGCAAGCAAAAAACAAAGAUCCACCAAGAAGUCAAACUAAAGAAACAAAAACCUACAUAUUAAAAAAAAUUCCUGUUACUCAUCCAGUACUGCGAAAGUAUUGUGAGCCAUGUGAUUCUGUCGACGAAGAUGAGCAAUGCUGUAUUUGUCUCGAUGAGCUUAGGAUCACUUCAAGUUCUUUUGGGGCAGCUAGCAGUAACUCUGUCAUAAAGCUACAGGGCUGUGGACACAAAUUUCAUGAGUACUGUUUGGUGCAAUGCUAUGACAAUGGCCCCAAGGCUGACAGCAUCCAGUGUCCCGUAUGCAAAAUCAUAUAUGGUGUGAAGCAAGGAAAUCAACCACCUGGCCAGAUGACCGUGGCCCGUAUACCAGGAUCAGUACCAGGAUACAACGGCUACGGAUGCAUUCAGAUAACCUAUAAUAUUCAGCCAGGAAUUCAAGGUCCAGCGCAUCCAAAUCCUGGGAGACCAUACCAUCUCAAUGGUUUUCCCCGAGUUGCCUAUUUGCCAGAUAAUGACAAAGGAAGGAAGGUUUUACAGCUGCUGCAAACUGCAUGGAAUAGAAAACUCAUUUUCACAAUUGGAACAUCUGUUACAAAUGGAACCAAAGAUGCUGUAGUUUGGAAUGAAAUACACCACAAGACAGAAGCAUUUUCAAAUAGCUCUGGGCACGGAUAUCCAGACCCUAACUAUUUAGACAAUGUAUUAGAAGAGCUGAAAUUACAAGGAGUUUUCUAAAGUUUAACUUGUUUGACAAGAAUUUUAAUUGGACAGGAGUUUUAAUUAAGAUGGUUGUUGCAAAAUCAGACCUUGGCACAAAGAGACUGCUUGCUUGUGCCUUAACCAAAUGCUCCUAUGAAGAUAGAUCAAUAGAAAUCAGGAGCAGUGGGAGCUCAUGCCCCUAACCAUUCCACUCUUUAAUCAGUAUGAAACUUUUAGGGAUACUUUCUGCCAAGUGUCAAAAUAUAUCUAGACUGAAAAUUUUGUUUGGCAGUUGAGAAUUUAUCAUAGUUAUCAUAGUUAGUUUUUUGAAUAGAAGGUUUUCCAUUGUCAAAGGGAAUGCUACAAUCACCUCAAGACAGUUAGAUAAACUAUGGUAAAAGGAGUUUGAUUUUAUGUCAUCACAUUCCUCACUAAGGGCUAAUGCACAUGAGUAUAAUCUUUACAUUUUUCUUGGGUUCAAACAAAUUAGCACCAUUUUUUCAUCAUGCAUGCAGACAAUUUUUUUUGAAAAUUUUCCUGAUAAUUCUCUUAAAAAAGAAUGAAAAAGGCAGCCCAAUGAAACUGAGGAUCUCUGGUAGGUCCUUGGUUUUCUUUAGUCUUUUGUUUGAUUGAUUUGUAUUUUUAUUUGUUUCUUCCUAGCAUCCGAAGGUAGUUUUUAGGGCACUGAGAAGCUCAUGCCUAUCGAGUAGUGUCUUGGUCUUUCCUCUCUAUGUGACCACACCUCAUGAUUCCUAUGCCUGGAAUUACAGAGAGCUGGUGACUCUCUUCACUCUGGGUGAAAGUUUGGUCAUGCCGGAACUCGAACCAUGGACCCUUGGGUCUGUCAGCGCCUCUAACAACUGAGCCAUCCUCACACACAUCAUUUGAGUUGUUCUGGCAUCACAGAUGGACACACGCCUGUGCCUGGCACUUUGAUCAACCUACAUUUUUAUCUUAAGGAGACCCUGUUUGCAUGAUGCUGUAAGCCAAGUUAUUUUUUUUUUCUAAAAAAUCCACCAAAUACUAAUUAUUAUACUUAUUGACUCCUGUUGCGAGCAAAAGUAAGGAGGAAGCUGAGGAAUGUAGAAUUUACUGAACUAGAUUUUACUAGAUUACACUCAUUAUGUACAUACACCUGUAAUGAAACUCAAUUAUGACCUUAGAUGCUGUUUAUAAUUAUCUUUAGGUUGUCACACAUUUAGUUCUUUUAUGCAGAUAUUUUGUAGAAGUAAAGUAAGAUUGUACACUGCAAACUUGAUUUCUUUUGUGUUCAAACUUUGUACUUGCUUUGAAUGCAGAUUGACCAUUAAUUUUAAUAUUAAACUUUAUUUAAAUUUUUGAUCAGUUCUGAAAAGAAAUCAUCAUUGUAUCUUUGGUUUUGUUAUGAUAAAUGCAACUAGUAGAACUAGUAAAAUUUCAUCACAAGUAAUGCUGACGUAUUUUUUUGGGUUUAUGCUGUACAGUCAAGGAAAAUAUUAGCAACUACACUGCAUCAUUAAAUUCUUACCAAAAACAAAAUAUAUGUAGAGAAAAUUGUUUCUUUAUUACUAAUGCAACAGGUAACAUUAGAUAGAUAUAUAGAAUAGAUCUGAAAAAUUGAAAAAUUUCCCAAAAAGAAUCCAAAGUCCUUUUUGUAUUCUGACUUGCAGUUUAUAUUUUUUAUCUUCAAGGAUGAAGUAUACUGAAGUAAAAUGUAUUCAUUUUAAUGAAUUGAUUUCGUUGGUAAAUGAAUUAAUCAA